AUGUUUACAAGGAAAUUUAUUUGUGAGUGCUCAUGGAGUGGGGGCAGCAGAGGUGAAGAUUUGAAAAUUCCUUUAAAAGGUUAUAAACAUGUCUUGUCUUUUUUCUGGAAUAUGGUGCACUAUUGGGAUCAGGAAUAUUCUUUAAAAGAUAAUGAAUUAUUUUUCAAAACGAUUUUGAAAAAUGCCAAAAAAAGAAAAAUUGCAAAACUUGAAAGAGCUUCAACAUCAAGGCAACGUUCGAAACCCAAAAAUAAUUUGAAACGUAUGAAGUUUUCAGAAGAAAAUGAGACAAAUGUAACUUCUGAUAACGGUGAAAGUGAGAAUGAGAUAAACGAAGAAGAAAACACGAUAAAUAAGAAGAAAAGAAAUGAUUCAGUAGAAGAACACACAAAGGAAAAUAAAGAAGGCGAUGUUAUAAAAAAUAUCUCAAAAGACAUCGCCAAAUAUAAUAGUAACGUUAUAAUUGGAAAGGAGACAAGUGUCUGA